GUGUACGUCACUUCCUGUAUGUCCACAGAGCUGCUAGCAAAGAUGACAACAUUAAGACCUUUUACCUGCGAUGAUCUGUUUAAAUUCAACAAUAUUAACUUGGAUCCUUUGACAGAGACUUAUGGGAUCCCCUUUUACCUGCAGUACCUGGCUCACUGGCCAGAGUAUUUCAUUGUGGCUGAGGCUCCUGGAGGUGAACUGAUGGGCUACAUCAUGGGGAAGGCAGAAGGAUCAGUGGCGAGGGAGGAGUGGCACGGUCAUGUGACAGCUCUGUCCGUCGCCCCUGAGUUCAGAAGACUGGGCCUCGCAGCCAAACUGAUGGAGAUGUUGGAGGAAAUCUCCGAGAGGAAAGGCGGAUUCUUCGUGGAUCUGUUUGUACGAGUGUCCAAUCAGGUGGCUGUAAACAUGUACAAACGUCUGGGCUACAGCGUCUACAGGACGGUCAUAGAGUAUUACUCAGCGAGUAACGGAGAACCGGAUGAGGACGCUUAUGACAUGAGGAAAGCUUUGUCCAGAGACACAGAGAAGAAGUCCAUCAUCCCUCUGCCUCAUCCUGUCAGACCCGAAGACAUCGAAUAACAGCAGACUGUGACUCUCUGACAAACUGUACAUAUUUAUUAUUCGACUGCUUCGAUUCGGUCAGAGAGUCACAGGUCACCUCCUCUGUGUUAAAUACGAAAUCAAACCACGGGACAGUGAGUUUGUGAAGUGAUGUAUUACAAAGAAAACAUGCUCACAUUAAACUCUGCUCAUCCGCUGCUUCUGUACAAAUAGAAAAUGCCUCCAGGAUGAACAAUAAACACCAAAUCCACACUCA